AUGGAAUCUGUAGUCUGUGAUUGCUCCUCUGUUCACCAAGCUAUAGCAGUUGCGGUUGUCGGCCGGCAGCCCGAGGGCGCCCACCUUGCCCUCACCAUAUUUACUGCACCAGAAGCGGCCGAGGGCAGGCCUUACGUGCGCAGUGAGUGUGGCAAAAGCUUUUGCUACAGUUCAGUGCUGCUGCGGCACAAGCGUGCCCACAGCGGCGACUGCCGCUCCUGCUGCCUGGACUGCGGGGAGCACUGCGCCCAGACCGCUGAGCUGUGCGUGCAUUGCCACGCCCAUGCCAGCCAGACGCUCUGCAUCUAGAGCUUCCGCCAGAGCAGCCGCCUCGACCUGCACCAAAGCGUGCACCGGCGGCGCCACCGCUCCUACUCCUGCCACGUCUGCGGCCGCCGCUUCCCACAUCGCCCGGCUCUGCUGCUACACUGGCGCCGCUCGCACUUGCCGGAGCGGGCCCGCCGCUGCCCGCUCUGUGCCCGAACGCGCCAGAGCGCGCUGCACUUCCACCAAGCGCAGGCGGACCCCGAUGCAUCCCCACCAGCUCGCUUAACUGCUGAGCAGCGCCUGUGGGCAUUCCAUAGCAGCGCGGGGCUGCGGAGCUAUGUGCGCGUGCACUCAGCCUACAGCCCCGGAGACUCCGCACCCUGGAAGCCACGCGCUCCAGACACACACCCGUGCGGCGUGUGCGGCAAGAGGUUUGUAACGUGACACCUGCAGACGCGCUGGAGCCAGAAGCCCUUCAAAUGCCCCCAGUGCGGCAAGGGCUUCUUGGAGAGUGCCACGCUGGUGUGCCACCAGCGCACACAUUCGGGUGAGAAACCCUAUGCGUGUGGCGACUGUGGGCGCCGCUUCAGCGAGAGCUCCACGCUGCUGCGCCACCACCACAGCCACCAGAGUGCGCGGCCGCAUGCCUGUGCCACCUGUGGCAAGGGCUUCGGGCAGCGCUCCGACCUGGUGGUGCGCAAGCGUAUCCACACCGGUGAGAGGCCCUUCCCAUGUCCCGAGCGUGGCCGCCGCUUCAGUGACCGCUCGGACCUCACUAUGCACCGGCGCACGCACACAGGUGAGAAACCUUACCGCUGCGAAUUGCGUGGCAAGCGCUUCACGUGUAUGUCCAACCUCAGUGUCAAACCCAAGUGCCCCGAGUGAGGCAAGGCCUUCAGCGUGGGCUCCAAGCUGGCGCUGAACUGCAAGACGCACCUGGGCGAGCGGCCCACGCAAUGUGCCAAGUGUGGCAAGUGCUUCAGCCACAGCCGCUUACUGUCUCAGCACCAGCCGGCCCACACACGUGCUCGCGCCGCCCCCGCCACCCAGGCCACUGCAGCUGCUCCCCUCAUCUUUACUGGGCAGACAGGACAGGAAAAUCAGGGACUUCUUGUGUCUCAGUUGACAGAGCCUGGCUGAGAAGCUUCCCUGGAGUGGGCUGGGUAACCACAGGACAUCGGGCCAACUCACACAUGUGAGGUCUGGAAAGUCAGUGGCCUGUCACCUUUCCCCACCUCAGGUGGUAGUCCUUCCCCUGACCUCCUACCGCGCCUACACCUACUUCCCUUGUCAGCCCUUUUCCUGUCCCCAGCCCUUCUGUCCCUCUGUGGGGUAGGUGAUGGAAUCAGGAUGAGCUCCCAUUUCCUGUUGGGAGAGCCUGGGGGUGUCCCCACCCCCACUGCUGCAGUACUCUCAGGUGCUUCUUUCCUGUCUCCCCAUGUAGGAUCUGUCUUCUCUGUUCCACCUCCUUUUCCAGCCUGAAUGUGCUUUUCUUCUUCCCUGGUACACUUUGCUGUCCUGCCUCUUCAGAUAAUGAUCACAGAUGUGGCCACUGGAACAUGUCACCUGCCCUUCCCUCCUCUUGGUUCCACUUAGCUGUUAGCCUCCCUGAUGCUUCCACCCUGGGCUUCUGAGAGAAUAGGAGUUUGCAGGCAGAGAUGGUGGGGGAGCGAGCUCGCUUCACUGGAGGACGUCUGAACGCCAGAAGUGCCCAGCCUGCUGCACUGGAGAUGGCUCACCCAUGCAAAGGUGGCUAGGAGCCCUCAGCACGGCCAGCCUCCUAUCCCAGGGGCCAGACCUGAUGGUGUCCAAAUCAAGGUGUCUCUCAGGACUAUUCUCCAACCAGGUGGGAGAUAUCAGCCCUGGUACCUGGGCCAAGACCACCUGGGUCCACAAAGCCAAGGCACUGCCCAGUGGAGCAUCUGUUAUCUCCAAGUCAAGCUUGGAGCCACAGGGAACAUUUCCAUGGAGGCAACAGGGCAGUGUGGAAAAUUCCCUGAAACUGCCAGCAAUUUGUUGCUUAUGGCAGGUGAAAUAAAAGAGUUGUGUGUUUGGGUUCUAGAUGCCAAGAGCCUCCUUUGUCCAGCCUGAGGCUGCUGUUCUUCGCAGAUUUCAGGAAUGAUCCAAAGCAGGGCCUUUUCAAACUCCCCAAGGCAGCUCAGCAACACCGCUAGGACAGCCCCCUUGACUUUGCACGACUCCUCAGGGCACUGUACAUUUGCUUCUCGGUCAGUGGAGCAGACAAACAUGGCCCAGGAUCACCUAGCACUCUUCCCUACUAUCACAGUGCAAGAGUGAGUGUGACGAUCCACAGUGAAGGGCCCAAACUGGGAAAGCAAGCUGGGUCCUCCAGGUGGGGGCAGGUGGGGGCCUACAGACAGGAAUAGGGCCUG